UGUCCCGAGUGACGAGCGUAGGCCGCUGAGCAGCGUCGUCCUGGUUGCUGUGGAGCCAGCUCGCGUGGCCUCACGCCUUGCCCGCCUCCUGUCAUGGGCAGCGCGGAGAGCGCCGAAGCCCGAAGGGUGUCCUUCGAGAUGGAUGAGGAGGAACGGGUCCGGGUGCUGCAGGGCAUCCGGCUGUCCGAAAGUGUUGUGAACCGCAUGAAGGAUUGCAGCCAGCCUUCAGCAGGGAAACAGCCGGCUCCUGGUUUUGGUCCUGCGUCCUCUGCUCCUGUGCCCAUUGUCCCUGAACCAAUCAUCCCUGUGCCCACUGCUCCUACACCUACUACUCCUUCAUCCUCUGUAAAUGGUCCCCCAGAAGGCACCUGUAAAGCCCCUCUGACAGACUCUAAAGUGCCCAGUGCAAAGAGUGGUGGCCUGAGGUCCUCAGCAGUGAAGGACAAUAUCAAGAAGUUCCAACAGGAGCAGUUGGCAGUCCAGGAUGAGCUGGUCAAUGUGGCAAAAAAGGAGAAAGAGGCAGCUGAGAAGCACUUGAAGACAUCCCUGCCCAAGAAGAAGGCCAGCCCCACCCGUGAGCAGCAGCAGUUAGCUCAACUAGCCAGGGAACUGGAGAACAGAGAGGCCGAGCUCAGCCGCCGUGACACCUUCUACAAGGAGCAGCAGGGGCGCAUCCAGGAAAAGUGUUCAGAGCUCUGCCUGAAAUACCCAGAGGUCAGCAUACAGCAGUAUACGCAGCCAGGCCUGUGUGGACCUGAAAUGGAGAGUAUUCUCUGAAUGGCACUGGGUGCUCUUUGCUGCCUUCUCAGUCCCCAAACUCUGCUUGAGUAUGUGUGUCAUAGGAAUUACUGGGCCAUCUGCUUGGAGCUUACCCAGCCAUGGAGUAACAUUGCCUUUUCCUUAAAUUGUCUGUUGUUUAUUUCUUAAAUAAUAUAUGUCCAUAGAUAGAAGAAAAAAACAGAAAAUACAGAUAAGCAUAAAGAAUAAAAGGAAAUUAACUAGCUCAUCCUGUCCUUUAAAAAAGUGACAGUUGUUCACCUCAGUGCUCACUUACCCAGCCAGACCAGGGUAAUGCUUCAGUAAUUGCAGAAAUGGGACCAUAAGUACACAUGCUUCCCAGUGUCCUUCAGUUGUUGGUUCUGCCAUCAGCCUUUCAUAUCCAGUUUAUCUCAGUCUACCUAGCAGCUCCCUGCCCCUUGUCCAUGCCUUAAUUAACUAGUUACCUAUCAGUACACUGUCUUGUUCUAGGUCUUUCUGGCACUAGUUUUCCAGAAAAAUGCAUAUGUAGACUUAAAAUUUCUGGGUCAUGAGUUCUAUACAUCUCCAGGGACAGGGGUGAUGCAUACAGGAGAGGCUGAUGCAGCUCAUCCUCCACUGCAGGUGUGUGACAAUGCUGGUCUCCCCUGACUUUAUGUGUGUGAUAUUUUCCUCGUCACCUUUUAAAUGAAUUAUAGAUAUAAUGCUUGUUUGCAGAAAGCAUGGAAAACAUGGCUGGCUGCAGAUCCAACUCUGGGGUAGCUUUCUGCAAAUACUUUCUCUGCUGGGUGCCUUACUGCAACAGUACAGGCAUAGAUGCUCACAAAUAGGGUUGCAAUUUAUUUUGCAACUUAUUUUGUAGCUUGAAUAUAACAAUAUGUCUUGGAAAACUUUACAUACCAGCUUUCUCUGCACAUCAAUCUCACUUGUUCUUUUGACAAGUGCAUGAUGGGAAUCUCUUAUGUUUAUUUGGUGGUUUCCUGUUAUUGACAUGGAAGGUUAUCAUCUCUGUCACAAUUGGUUUUAAUGGUUAUCCCUAGAUUCUCUUCAGGAAUAUAUUCCAGUGAAAAGAUUUUUUAGGUUGCUCCCCCAUGUUUGUGCCAUUGCAGCAUCUGAUCUCUUGUAAGAAUGACUACAUUUUACAGUUAUCAACAUAAAUAAACAUCUUUUUAGAAACACUA